GCUGCGCUGUGUCAGGUUCUCACGGGAUAAAUAGGAAGCGCCGAGUGACGACUAGGAAGCCGGGACCGGGGCAGUGACAGCAGAGCUGCGGGAGACAGCGCACCGCACGGCGCCCACAAGAGUCACCGAGGAGUUCUGCAAGAAUUAGAAGAGCUGGGGCAGAGGGGCCCCUAGAUCCCGAGCGGAGUGGAGGACACUUGUGGAUAAAGCACAGGGUCUUGGGAGUCUCUGCUGCCUGUAACUGGGAGAAUCCCCUCUUCCUGGACUGUGGAGCCCCCGGAGAGCAGGCUGUGGAUCUGUGUGCAGGCUCCGCGGCUCAGCACCAUGGCUCUCCUGUGUAGAGCGGCAGCUCCGCGGCACAGCUGCCUGCUUCUCCCGGGAAGAUCGUCAGCUCUGCGGCUCAGCAUCCUGCGCCUGCUGCUGCUCGCCCUGUCUGUCUUGUGCGCCGCCGGCAGCCCCACAGCGGCGCCCGAGCCUCCCGCUUCUUCCUCGCCGGACACCUGCGCAUCGUGCGGGCUGCGGCCCCCGGAGGAGACGGCCGGGCUGGAGCAGGACUUCGUGGAGGCGGUGAAGCGCCACAUUCUGACCCGGCUACAGAUGAGGGAUCGGCCGAACAUCACCCACGCUGUGCCCCGGGCUGCCAUGCUGACUGCCCUGAGGAAGCUGCACGCUGGGCGCCUGCGGGAGGACGGGCGCCUGGAGAUCCCCAACCUGGACGGGCACGGCAUGUCGGGCCCCCACAGCCCCGAGGACAGCGCCACCUCCGAGAUCAUCAGCUUCGCUGAGGCAGAUGAUGUCACAGCUUCCAGAGUCCAACUCUUAUUCAUUAUUUCCAAUGAAGGAAACCAGAAUUUGUUCGUCUUUCAGUCCAAUCUUUGGCUGUACCUCAAGCUUCCUGAAGUCUUGGAAAAGAGUGGAAGACGCAAAAUCCGGAUAAAACUUCAUUUCCAAGAUCCUGCUAACCCAGCCAAGAUGAGCCUUGUGGAGAAGAGAGUGGAUAUCAGGAGGAGUGGUUGGCACACAUUCCCCUUGACUGAUACCAUCCAAGCUCUUUUUGAGAAGGGUGACCGUAGGCUUAACCUAGAAGUCCAGUGUGAUGGCUGUGAGGAAUGGUCUGUAGUCCCAGUUCACGUGGACCCAGGAGAAGAAUCUCACCGCCCCUUUCUGGUGGUUCAUGCUAGACUUGCAGAUAACAAGCAUCGGAUUCGUAAGAGAGGCCUUGAGUGUGAUGGACGUACAAACCUGUGUUGUAGGCAGCAGUUUUAUAUUGACUUUCGACUCAUUGGGUGGAAUGACUGGAUCAUCGCACCAUCCGGUUACUAUGGCAAUUAUUGUGAGGGUAGCUGCCCUGCCUACCUGGCCGGUGUUCCGGGUUCUGCCUCCUCCUUUCACACUGCGGUGGUGAAUCAGUACAGGAUGAGAGGUCUGAACCCAGGGACUGUGAACUCCUGCUGUAUUCCAACAAAAUUAAGUACAAUGUCCAUGCUGUACUUUGAUGAUGAAUACAAUAUUGUCAAGAGGGACGUGCCUAACAUGAUCGUGGAGGAAUGCGGGUGUGCGUGAUGGGAGUCACUGGACAAUGACCAAUUUCGCCAUACUUCAACCAGUGGGAUAUUGUGUCACAGUGACGCUGUGGGGAAAGAUAACUUGAGACCAGUGCCAGUCUGGGGGCGUCUUAUCAUCUCCACAGGCAUCUAUAAAUCACGGCUUAUGAGAUUGUCAGCUCAUAUGUCCACUCACUGAGACAUCCGUAAACACUGUGACACCAGAGGAGAAAGCCAAGAGGUUUCCAUAGACCUUUAAGUCAACUGUAAUAUGUCAAGGGGUGAAAAAUAGCACAUUCCAGAACAUCGUUCUUAUGUGACCAACUGAGGACGUGGGCCGUCCAGGGUAGGGGUGGCUCCAGCUUUCUGAGCUUCUGUGACGCUCUUCCAGCACUUGCAGCGAGGAAUGUAUAGUUAUGUUGUUGCUGAGUGAUGGGCAGCCCCUUAUCGGUCUUCCCUAAUGAACUUCUUUUAUGCAUCUGACUGUGGAUUAACCACAGAACAAUGACAAAUGACGUGUGGUCUGGACACCAGCAAUGGAGCUGUGGAGCGUAUGGACAUAUGUACAGGAGACGAUGGAAGCGAAUGGAUAUACAGAUAUAUAUACCUAUAAAUAUAUAUAUUUAUAUAUUAUUUUUGUAACCCCUGUGAUAACACAAUGGUCUGUUAAAUCAUUGUUCUGCAAUUUCAUCUUGCACUGAGGGGGUUAAAUAACAGGGAGAAUCCAGAUGAAGGUACAGAGAAUAGAAUGACCUUUUUGCAUCAAAUGACAGGGACGGGGUGGGGGGGCUUCAGACGACACAGCACUUGCAAACCACUAGGUACUCAUUUCAACAGCAGCACUUGCUCUUCUGACUACCUGAAAUAAUGGUGAUUGACAGUGCACUUAAUUUGAAUUAACCCUUUCCAUGCUGCAGCUGUAAACAUACAGCUACUUAUUCUAACCUUGCCAUGCAAAUACUCAUCACAUUAUCAAAUGCCUAAUACAAGUCCAGGAUGUUAGGGGGAAAUCCUCAGUAUACAGUUCCUCACGUGUCUUGUGGGAAGGUCAUCAGUUCUGUGAGAUGUAGACGGAGGACGGGUAUUUCAUCAGUAUGUUCUGUGGAUGGCAAUACUAGUCCAUCCGUACAAAGUGUAUAUGUGUACAGAUGUAGCAGAGUUGACUCGUCAUGAUAUCUGUGGUCUUACGUUGGACUGCAGGGUAGUCUGCUGCGGAGUUGUCCUGUGCACAACGUCAUCCCAAAAUGAUAAAAAAAGGUAAACUGGUCCUUGCUGUGUGUGUACACCUAUAUCUGUCAUAUCUUCAGAACUGGACUGGUGCGUAGUGUAUCGGAUCCAGGACUGAGGCCUGCUCUCACAUAGGGAGGAGGGUUGGCAUAUGACCCUGCCGCUGUAAACCCCACUGAGCUAUGCAUUUCAAUGACAUCGCACCGGGCACAAUGGACUCGAGACAGAAGUUAUUAUUUUAUUUUCUAAUAUAUAUAUUUUUUUAUACUUGAAAUAAAUUCAUUCGCUUUUUUCUCCUUUUUUUUUUAUAAGCGAAGGAUUGUUUAACGUUUUGCACUGAACUGAUGCAUAAUUAGUCACAACUGCCAUUUGUAAGAGAAAAUAAAUGGAUAUUUUUAUAGCGACAGAA